UGCAAGUCUCGACAUGCAGCUGCCGUGACGUUAGUGUUUUGGUUUUUUUUUUACGGGAAGCCAGCUGCUCUUGGACAUUCCUUAGCGAGAUGAUGGGCUCGUGGGAAACGGAGAGCGACGUGUACAGCUUCCUCGGCACGGUCCGGCCGUGUGGGCGCGGCAGGUCCCUGCACAUACUGCAGUACUUGGAGCAGCACGGCAUUUCGUCGCCUUCCCGGGCCUCGUCAGCCGCUUCCUCCUACUCGGGAAGUGACUCGGAGCCGGAGAGGGUGACGAGGCCCGGGUCGCGGCGGGGCCAGGGGGCCGGGGCCGGGCGGGGCCUGCCCCCGGGAGGCGUCGGCCGGGACGCGGCCGCUGGCUUCCAAGGGGACCGCGAGCGGUGGGACGCAGCGGUGAUCAGCCAGCUACGUCGGGCAAAUCAACAAAGCUACACCACAGAGGCAUUUGAGUACCAGCUGAAGAUGAUGCAUAAAGCACAAGAGGAGCGGGAGAAGGCGGGGCAGUUCGAGGAGCCGGGAGCGGACGACGACGCCGCCGCCCCCUCCACCGGCCCGUCGUCCCGGUCCUCGUCCCGCUCCAGCUUGAGCAGCGUCCCGUCCAAGUCGCCCGCCCCCACGGCCGAGGAGCAGCGGCCCAAGCCGGCGGCCUACAAGUCGGUGCGGGCGAGGAACGUCCUGCUCAACUCCCUGGCGAGGAUGGGGAUGAUGUCCCAGGGCCCCGCGGAGGAGCAGCAGCAGCCGCCCGGCGUCCGGCCAGAGGCACCAUGUGCUCCGUCCCCGGACCCUUCCAGCGGCUCGGCGAGCGUGAGCCCGCUGAUCUUCGACUCCGCCGCCUCGAGCCCCCAGCCCGACUCCUGCGACCAGGACGAUUUCGCACCCGAACGCGACGCGAGCUCCGCAAUCCCCGAAGAUGUGUCCGAUACUGAUCGAUUAGGUGUGGUGGAUAAUUUUAACGCGCAUAUCGCCGAUGACGUCAAUCCCCCCGCUCCGGAUAAACGUUACAGGAAAUUCGAUUACCCGUCCGUCGUCGCCCAGUAUUACGACCACCCCGUCCCGGAUCCCCCUGCUUCGGACUGCGACGACGCCGGUUACGUGUUUGGGACGAAGUCGUCGCCCGCCAAGAUGUCCAAAUUCGCCCCACCGUCCCUCGUGGGUUUGGAAAGUCUUGGGGACUACUCCUCGAAAAUUAACAGUUUUAAUACCGAAUUCGAAUUUAAACCAGAAGAAUUUCCCCCUAUAAAGUAGCAACGGGGUCAUGCUACCCAUUUUUAAAUAUUAUUUAAUAAGUUUUUUUUAUUGCUUCUUCUUUAUUCAAAAUGUUGUGUAUACCACUUAAAAUUUAGUUUUUGUAAAUAUGUUACCAGAAUAAACUUCUCAAUAAUUUCAGAUGUUGGAUCAAAAAUUUUUUUUUAAAAUUUUAAUUGGUGACACGGCUCAUGUUGUUUUAAGAAUUACACUCGUGUAAAGUUCACUUUCGAGUAGGGCUGUGCGAUUCUGGUUUUUAUUGGUCGAUUUGGUUGCAGGUCUGUUUUACAUUGCGAACCUUUGUUAUUGUUUCAGUUCUAAUUAAUAAAUUAUAAAUUUUGGUGCUACACUAUAUAUAUAUAUAU